AUGGAUUUUCCUGCUACACCAUCAAAUGCAUCAGAUAGUAAUGAAUAUCCAAGUGCUACGCGUUCACCGUUUCACAGUGCACCAGAUGAUAAUAAAAGACGCAGUUCGUCACGGUCUAUAAAACGAAGACGUUUUGACGAUGAGUUGGUUGAAUAUAGCUUGGGUUUGCCGGGGGCUUCACUUGGUAAAGGAGAUAAGAGAAUGCGCACUCAGUCCUACACGAGUCAGGCUGCCGACUUACCGAUGACUAGUGCUCCAAUGACACCUGCUAAUCUUCCUCAAGAGCGACGCAGGGUUUCGAGCAAAGUGUCUGGUGGAGGGAGUGUAGCGCGCAAAUCUCGUCGCAAGGGACAACUGAGCCAUUUAUCGACUAAAGAUUUAGGACGUUGGAAACCUACCGACGAUCUUGCACUGAUAUUAGGUGUACAACAGACCAAUGACUUGCGAAUCGUUCAUCGAGGUAUAAAAUUCUCAUGUCGCUUUACUGUCAGUGAGCUACAAUCUCGUUGGUAUGCUCUGCUUUACAAUGCUGAAAUUUCACGAGUGGCUAUAGCAGCAAUGCGCAAUCUACAUCCAGACUUAAUAGCUGCUGUACAGCAGCAAGCAUUAUAUUCUACUGCAGAAGAAGAAUUACUUGGAACAUUAGCUAGUACAUCUCAUCCAACCGAAGAAAAAUUCCAAGAGUUGCUGGAGCAAAAUCCGCACAUCUUCUAUCCCUCUCGUACACCAAAGACUUUGAUGGCACAUUGGCAACAACUGAAACAGUAUCAAUUAUUACCAGACCAAAGUGUUAAACCACUGAUAAAGAAUGGAGGAAACAAAGGGCUGUCAUUUUCUGACGUCGAAGACACAUUGAAUGAUUCAGAGCUUCCGGAUUUUAAAGAAGAUGGAAUGGAUUAUGAAAUGCAGAUUGCGGACAGAAUUGACAAAAAAGAAGUCCGGCUACUGGAGACGUCUUUGUCGCGAUUUCAAGUCUUGGUGCAGUCUGUCGCCGGCGGUAACUCAGAGUUGGACAAAAAUACUCUUGCAGUACUGCGGGGAAGACUCGUGCGAUAUUUGAUGCGUUCAAGAGAGAUUGCAGUGGGCCGCAGCACUCGGGACCAUGCAAUCGAUGUGGAUCUUAGUCUGGAGGGGCCGGCAGCGAAGGUAUCCAGAAAGCAGGCAACCAUUAGGCUGAGGAAUAGUGGUGAUUUCUUUAUGUCAUCUGAGGGCAAAAGACCUAUAUUCGUAGACGGCAGGCCGGUGCUCCAGGGAAACAAAGUGAAGCUCAAUCAUAACAGUAUUAUUGAGAUUGCCGGACUACGCUUCAUAUUUCUAGUGAAUCAAGACUUAAUAGGCGCCAUACGUCAAGAAGCUGUGAAAGUGAACAUACCUAUGUAA